AUGAACGGCCUUGCUGUUGCUCUCCACCCUGGCUGCCUCCUACUUCUUUUGCUCUGGGUAGCAGCAGCCAAUGCCGAUGCCGAUGUGGAUGACUCGACUGAUAUUCUGGUAAUCUUCGGCCAGUCGACCAUGAACGACACUUCGCCUUAUCCUUACCACGAAUCCAUCUCUGCCUGGUACGAGACCCUUCUGAAAGUUGCUCUGCAGCGAAAAGCAUGGCCAGUGGACAGCUACGCGGACGAAACCGACUUUGCUCCUAUCUUCGAGCUGCUCGAGGACACCUAUCCGAACCAGACAGUCAACGAUCUCGGAGAUGACGAGUGGGCUGAGCCUUUCAUCUUCAAGGGCCAGGAGCUGAGCCACACCGCCGAUGAGCUGUCGUCUAACUCCUCGACCGAGGAUGCCAUCAACUAUUACAUGAGAGCCGCCAACGUCUUCCGGCUCGCUUACUUCCCUUGGGUGCACGAGAGCACUAGUCAAUCGAAGGCCAAGCUGCAUGCCUGGAAGCUGGACAAACGAGCCUUCAAGAACGCCACGAAUCUGAUGGACAAGUUCGAUCAUUCAAAGGCGACGGCAUCUCUUGCAGGUGAUGAGACGUUGGAGAUCCCGUUGCGUGUAUUCAGGACAGAGGGCUCCGAGGGUGCCCAGUCCGUUGUGGUCAUCAUCACUGGUCUCGACCACUACCACACCUACAUGCUCGAUCAGAUCUCUGCUCUGACCUCAUACGGCUACGCUGUGGUGACGGUAGCCAUGCCAGGCACCGCUGACUCGCCCAUCACCGGCAACCAUACGUUGGCUGAGCAAGACUAUUGGACCAGCAUCGUCGAUUGGCUCUCAUACAACCCGGAACUCUUCGACAUGGGCUGCAUCAGCUUCUGGGGCAUCUCUACGGGCUCCUACUGGGCGGUGCGGGUCUCGCGGGUCGAAAAGGACCGCGUAAAAACGGUGGUGAGUCAGGGCACAGCGAGCCACUAUGCUUUCACGAGAGCCUGGCUCGAAGCAGCGGAGAACCUCGCCUACCCUGUCAGUCUGCAGCGGGCCUUGGGACAAGCCUUUGGCUACGCCGACCCAGAGUCGUUCAAAGAAGAUGUGGAGAAGUUCUCGCUCCUCCGUCAAGGCAUCCUCGAUCAGAAUGCAACGCGCUUGAUCGGAGUCAACGGCGAGAAGGACACCAUCUUCCCCAUCGACGACCAGCGCAUCCUGGCAGAGCAUGGACCGGGAGCCUUGCUGCGUUGGUUCCCAGGCAUGGGCCACAACGGCGAACCGCUCAGCAGCGCCUGGCUGUUCGACUUCUGGCGACAGAUAAGCGCCUGUAACUCUUGA